GUAAUGCCAGUAUAGUGGAUGUGAUAGUACAGAUGUGAUAUACCUGGUCGUGAUAUCGCGCUGAGUGGACCAGACUAUACUACAUAUACGAGGUUUGCGCCUUGCUUUGAAAGGAGGCUAUCGAUUUGCCAUUGCGAUCCGACUUUCUUUUUUCGUGGUCAUGUCAGAUCAUGAAUGGUCCAUGGACGACCUCGAGUGUUGUAGUCGAGUGUCGUAGUCGAGUGUCGUAGUCGUCGAGUGUCGUAGUCGUACUGUAAGACGGCUUACAUGUUCUAGCAAGUACGACCUCCAUCAGCCUUACUACCACCGCUCCCGUCGUCCUUCCUGUGAUGAUGUGGCUAUGGCUCCAUUUUGGUUUUCUUGUGACCCAAGGCACCGUUUUCACCGUUUUCACCUCCAUCAGCCCUACUACGAUCGCUCCCGUCGUCCUUCCUGUGAUGAUGUGGCUAUGGCUCCAUUUUGGUUUUCUUGUGACCCGUCUUCACCGUCUUCACCGUCUUCCCGUCUUCACCGUCUUCACCGUCUUCACCGUCUUCACCGUCUUCACCGUCUUCACCGUCUUCAGCGUCUUCACCGUCUUCACCGUCUUCAGCGUCUUCAGCGUCUUCCCGUCUUCAGCGUCUUCAGCGUCUUCCCGUCUUCAGCGUCUUCCCGUCUUCAGCGUCUUCAGCGUCUUCACCGUCUUCACCGUCUUCACCGUCUUCAUCCGUCUCUGUAGCACGCGGCUGAUGCUUUGCUCUGUUUUCAAACCUUAUGAGACAUACAUGGACACAUACUGUCUACAGCUAACUCCGACAUGUCACCGAUGCUGUAGCUUGUCUCUGCUUAUCCUCUACCUCGUUCCACAGUAA